AAUGAAUGGAAAUAAUAACAAAAAUCAACUGAAAAACUUUAUGUAAGACUAUUAUUAUUCAUAUUGCCUAAAAUAAACAAUACGACAGUUUAUAUAUUUCACCACACACUUUGUCUACAGACUGGAAUCACAAGGUUCACAGCCAUGACGAAGACAAAAGUGAAGAUGUUCGUUGUCCUGCUGUGUGUGACUGGCAUCUGGGUGUUGAGAGGACAUGUUUCAAGAAUGUUAUCAGAAUACUUCAGCCAGCUCCAGGACACAUACCCCUGUGCUUUUGACAAAUGCUUAUCAGAAGAUGAUCUGUGGUCUAUGCUGCAUUUAAACACAUCUGUUGAACCAUUUUUGUCAGCGCAAUACAAUCUCUCAGAGGAUGCUUUCAACUGGUGGAAGCGCUUACAGGCUGAAAGGCACGACUUUAGUACCUAUAAAACAACCGUGGACAGGCUGUUUGAGAUGUUCCCAUCCAGUCCAGAUGUCAUAAAACCCAGCCCUGACCUCUGCAGGAGUUGCGCUGUGGUGGGAAAUUCUGGCAAUUUGAAGCAAUCACGAUAUGGACCUCUCAUAGAUUUACAUGAUGUCAUCAUAAGAAUUAACCAUGGUCCUACCAAAGGCUUUGAAGCAGAUGUGGGGACCAGAACAACUCAUCAUGUCAUGUAUCCAGAGAGUGCCGUGGACUUGGAUAACAACACUCAUCUUGUGCUGUUUCCAUUCAAGAUACAAGAUCUCGAGUGGCUCAUCAAGGCCUUCUCUACUGGAUUUACUGGAAGGUCAUAUGUGCCAGUUAAGUCAAAUAUCAAAGCUAACAAGGAUUUGGUGAUGGUGAUCAAUCCAGCUUUCAUGAGGUAUGUUCAUGACAUGUGGCUGCAAAAGAAGGGCAGUUAUCCAUCCACUGGCUUUAUGACUUUGAUUCUUGCCCUCCAUAUUUGUGACGAGGUCCGUGUGUUUGGUUAUGGAGCAGACAAAUAUGGAAACUGGAAUCAUUACUGGGAAAAACUCAAAGACACAAAGUUUAAAACUGGAAAACAUCCUGGAAGUCAUGAGUAUGGAAUUAUCGAGGAGCUAGCUGAGAAACAAAAGAUCAUGUUUUUUACAGGUCGGAGAUCUUUCUCUUAGCAUUUAAACUAUUCAUAAACUUGAUAGCAAAUAAUUUAUCAUGCAAAACAAGAAUAAGAAGACCAACUGCCUUGUUGCAGACAUUAAAGAGUGGUAGACAAACUGUGAGUGGCUAACCUAUUUCUACUGAGGGAAAAGUAAAGAACUAAAAAAUGUUUAAUGAAUGUGAAUGAUCCUGUUGUAUGGGGGACCAAUUCUGACAAGGA